AUGGCGCACCGCAUCGUAACCCAGAUCGUCCUCGUCGGCAGCCGUGUCCUCGGACGCGCCUUCACCGAAGCCUACAAGCAAGCCCAGGCCUCGUCCAACUACGCGCGCGCCCAAGCCAAGAACCCCAACGGACCGUCUGCGCGAGCCAGCCUCUCGAGCGGCAUGACCCUGGACGAAGCCUGCAAGAUCCUGAACGUCAAGCCGCCACAGGGCGGUCAGGCAAACAUGGAGGACGUGAUGGGCCGGUUCAAGAAGCUCUUCGAUGUCAAUGAUCCGCAGAAGGGAGGUAGUUUCUACCUGCAGAGCAAGGUGCUGAGGGCGCGCGAACGGAUAGAAGCGGAGAUUAAACCCGUUAUGGAGAAGGCGGCGCAGGAGGCCGAGAUCAAAGAGGGCUGGAAGCCAAAGGUGUACAAGGACCGGUAG